CCUUGACUGAGAAAAAUCUUCACAAAAGCUGCACCCGUCCACAAACCAACAUCAUGUCUACCAACGCCGACGCAGCAUUCGACAAGCAGAAUACCGACACCGACGACAUCCCUCAAGGUGGCGACACCGUCGACAAUUCCUAUGCAACCAACGACAAGGUGGUCCCCGUGGUCAAGGAUGAAGUUCCUGUGGAACAACCCAACGAUGCGCGCAACCCUGACUCCAAUCAGGCGCUAGAGCAAGACGAGAAGGAAGCCAUCGACAAAAUCAACAUUCUUAAGGGCGGCCGUACUCGAGGCGCGACGAAGCCAGAAGGCACCUACCAGGACCCAGAGGGUGAGGGCGACCUUCCCGCGGACGAUGGCACUUCUGCGGUGCGGUAAUCACCUGAAGCGUCCCACAAUAACACUACCUUUGACGGGGAAAAGUGAUAUAACACUAUGUAUGAGCGUGGGACUGCGACUGAAGGACGACACGUGGCAUGACAAGAAGUAUGGGAGCUUGGAUGUCUCUUUUCGCAACCAGACUCGAUAGGAACCGGUUGAGGCACUAAGUCAGGGACAAUUGAAACUUGCAGUCAAUCGACAUGCAGAGCCUUGCCGUACCUAUGAUCUUCAUCCAGAGAAAGCGGUAUAUGAAGAAAGCGCAGAUCACCAUAGAGCCGCAGUUUGUGUCGAUACCGUCCCUCAGAAGAACCUCGUUGCCGCAUGCUGAAUACCUUCAGUUCUUCCGGAUCUACGUGAUCAUCAGAAUUACAGUGACAGUAUCCUUGCAC